UUUGUGUGUGUGUGUGUGUGUGUGUGUGUGUGUGUUGGGUGAAUGCAUGCACUGUUAUUGCUGAACCUGUCUGCAGAUGUUGUUAUCAGCCCAACUGGUAAAUUGCACAUUUCUGUGAGGAUUUAGUCACAUGCUAAGAAUAAAAACGAAUAUUGCUUUUUCAUUAAUAACACCAGUCUGGCACCGUCCUUGUCCCUUGUCCUCGGUUCUGUAGGAGCCGUCUGCUGUCUGCUAAUUUUGGAGGGCCCACAUUAAGCGCUGGCAACGUGAUUCAUUGCACCAGAGUCAAAAUAAAACUAAUCCUCGCUGAAUUAAAGCAGUCCCUUUGGCUUUUGGGUAUUUGUUUCUGUUUAUCCGACUUGGAUGCAGAUUUGAAACAUGAUUAAGAUUACGGGUUGAGAAUUUGGAGGAGGGUUUUAUGGAAAAGCCAUCUGUUUUAUCUGUAGCCUUGUUUCUGCAUUAUCAGAUGUUACCCGCUUGCUCAGGAUAUUUGUACGUUUUGGUCACUUGUUUGCAGCGACCCAGUUUGUUAUUAUCAGAAAUGCUGAAUCAAUAAGGCCAAACCGUUAUCAUAAUAAGUAUGUUGGAUAGAGCAAGGGUUAAAACAUCUUGUAUUGUUAAGUCAUCUAAGUUUUCCCUGGAUAUGCUAUAGUUUUGGCAGAUGAUAUCCAGUUUAUUGUCAGUUUAGGUACAACUUAAAUUACUAAUCUAGUCUAAUACAACAGUCCUUCAUUAAAUCCUACCUUUGUAACAACGUUAUUGCAGCCCUGUUAUAUUGUGCUGCAUUAGUUUUAACAAGGGGCCCCAAUAAACUGGCAGCAUUAUGGAAACGGUAUUUGCGUGGCUUUUUUCCGUAAUGCCAGUGUCUCUAUGAGAAGCCCUCAGAGCAGUUGUUUCCCGCCCGUUGCCUAAAACCCAGCCCCACCCCGUGCCGUUUCACUUGGUUUCAUAAUACCGCUCAUUCUGCGCGUGGAGCUCAGCCGAGCAGUCGCCGUGGAAGUAUCUGUCCCGGUGAGGAGUCCUCAGCCUUUUCUGUCGGGUGCCGUCCGGAGGAGAAGAGACGAGUCAUUCAUUACGGCUUCGUCAUCGACAGCCGGCCAGAGCCAACAUGCGGGAAGAGGUCUGCCAAUGCCCGUCCACUGUUCGACCCACAGUAGCGUUGUUGUUGUGCUCCUGAGGAAAAGGAAUGUCCAGCAGCCCUCAUUAGGGGCUUUCUGACGCGGUUGCACAGCGCAGCGGUAGCAGAGUGGUUGCGAUAGUUGGGAGAGGAACCCAGGGAACAGCGCUAGAAUUGAUUUGGGAAGAGGCAGGGGAUUUGCCAGUGCUGUAAUGUAUUUAACGUGUGCGUGUGUUUAGACACAGUGGCAGAUUUGGAGCUCUUCAGCGUAGCUGCAUUUUAUUCAAGAAACCGGCUGAACGAGUCAGUGCAUUCGUUCCACUUAAACAAAGAAGAAUGACCAUGGAUUUUUCCCAACUGCACACAUACACGCCGCCACAGUGUGCUCCCGAAAACACCGGCUACACCUACUCCCUCAGCUCCAGCUACUCCACAGCGGCGUUAGAUUUUGAGAAGGAGCACCAGAUCGCUGCCGUGUACGAGUCGCCGAGGAUGUCACGGCGGAGCCUGCGUCUGCAGGCGGGUGCCGGUCACCACGGCAAUGAGACCCUGGCUGAUUUCUCCCAGAGCCACAGCAGCAGCUACACCAGCACAAGGAGAGAGACACGGUCGCUGCGCAGUAAAAAACAGCAGUCCAGUUCCACCUCACUGUCUUUACCCUUGAGCCAAGCCGCCACGCCGAGGAAAACCCUCUGCUUUUCAGCUGCAAAUACCCCGAUCAACAACAGCAGCAGCAGCAUCAUCCAUGAAGGCAACACAGCGUCUGAUGGCUCUUUGCUCACCUCCACCCUGGACCAGUCCCACCUGAGACAACGCACCGUCACCACAACCACCACUUCUACUACUGUGGAUGGACACUGGGGGAGUAACUCCAGCAACGACCACCGGUCGUCAAAGCUCAACGGCGGCGCCAGCGCAUCAAAAUCCCACGACUCAGUCAAUGGAUACAUCUGCAACGACUGCUCUUUCCACUCUCAGAAGACCGACUCCCCUAUUACACAGUCUUCAUCAUCAUCGUUAUCAUCUAAGGCAGCAGGAGCUUCCUCGGAAGGCCUCUUCUCUUCCUCCACCUCGUCCCCUUUCACAAGCAUAUACUCCAGAGACAGGAGUCAAAGGAAAAAGACCGGUGUCCUGGUGUCUGUGUCUAACACGUGUGUGCACUACAGCAAGCGAGCCCUGGCCCCCAUAGUGUCCUUAGUCACCCUGCUCUUCACCAAUGUGCUCUGGCUGGGUUCACGGGCCAAGAGCCCUCCAGGAAAAGGUGUCCUUGCAUCGUUUUCGGACUCAAUGAGACAAUCCCUGUCCUCCAGUCUGUCCCAACUGUGGAUAUUUAAGCAGACCACUCUUCACAGGAUGGUGGGCUACAGGGCUAAUGGCUAUGAAGGACAAGCUCACUCCAGUUUCUGUGGAAGCAUGAAUGUCAAGGAUCUGAGGACUGAAGAUGCAUCACAUCUCAAACUCAAUGGUUCCCUGUGCGAUGACUGUAAAGGGAAGCAGCAUUCAGAGACACACACCGUCCUCCUCACACACUCCUCCAGGUGUCGACGCCUGUUGGCGGGACUGUGGAGCGCCGUAGCUUACACAGGUCACUUUCUCUUCCAGCCAGGUCACUGUGUGGCGAAAGCAGGCCAAGCGUUGGGAUCAGGAGUUGGAAGAGUGGUGCAGAGGCUCCUUUCGUUAUGCUGGAUGCUCUUGGCAGCUCCAGUGAAGGCAGUCAGGGGACUUGUGUGGUUUCUUGCCACGGGAUGGUACCAGCUGGUGUCUCUGAUGUCGCUCCUCAACGUUUUCUUUCUGACGCGAUGUCUUCCCAAACUCUGGAGGCUCCUACUGCUCCUUUUGCUCCUUUUCCUCCUCCUUGCUCUCUGGUUGUGGGGUCCGUCCACCGCCGUCCUGCUCGCCUACCUCCCAGCCAUAAACCUAACCGAGUGGCGUCCCGCAUCUGCCUUCACCCUCCUGUCUAACUUGGUGCCGGUUCCUGCUCCAUAUCCUGCCUCCGUCCCUGCAGCAGAAACUCCAGUGGAGGUCACCCCAGCCUCCCCGGUCUCACAGGCACCACCGUCUCUUCCCCCUGUGGUGGUCUCAAGUGUGGACUUGGAGAGAUUGGAGCGUGUGGAGCGCCAACUGACCCUGCUGUGGGAGCAGGUCCAGCAGGGCGACCAGAGGCAGCAGCAGCGGCACGGGGAUGUUUUGGGUCUCUACAGCAGCCUGAGGGAGACGCUCCACACUCAGACCGACAGGGAAAGCCUGGGACUGUGGGUGUCGACCCUGCUGGAGCAGAGACUCGGGGUGUUGAGGGGAGAGCUGGAGCAGGAGAACGCCGACCGAGCACAGAGUGCAGAGCAGCAGAAACAGCAGCAAGCAGGUCAGGCAACACGGCUGGCAGAUUUAGAGCUGCAGCUCAAUGCUCUGGCUGCCAUGACUGAGGAGGUGCAACAGAAGCAGCAGCAUCAGCAGCAACAUGAACACAAGAAGCAAGAAAGAGAAAGAGAGAUCACUUCAGCAGCACCCACAGUUCCUGUCAGUGUGGGUGUGAAGCAGGAGGACCAUGAUGCUCUGCUAGUCGAGGUGCAGAGACUUGAGUUAGAGCUGGCUGGGAUCAGACAGGACCUGCAGGGUGUGGUGGGAUGUAAGGGCAAGUGUGAGCAGCUGGACACACUACAGGAGACGAUCUCCGCCCAGGUCUCCGCCCAGGUCUCCUCCCAGGUGCGUAAGGAGUUGCAGGCCCUGUUCUUCGGCAGCGGUGAGCCGGGAGUGGUGCCCGAGUCUUUGAUCCUCUGGCUGUCCCAGCGCUACGUGACCACACCUGACCUGCACGCUUCCCUGUCCUCAAUGGAGCUGAGCAUCCUGAGAAACGUGUCCCAGCAGCUGGAGCUUAACCGGGCUCAAACCCUGGGUGAGGCCGAGUCCCAAGCCCAGACCAUCGUUAAGACUGUAACCGGAACCGUCCAACACGCCGCUGCUGCUGAGGGACUGACGGAAGAGCAAGUAAAGUUGAUCGUCCAAAACGCUUUGAGGCUCUACUCCCAGGAUCGAACAGGCCUGGUGGACUACGCCCUGGAGUCUGGAGGUGGCAGCAUCCUCAGCACUCGCUGCUCUGAGACAUAUGAGACCAAGACGGCCCUCAUGAGUCUGUUCGGCCUGCCGCUCUGGUACUUCUCCCAGUCGCCCCGCGUCGUCAUCCAGCCUGAUGUGUACCCUGGUAACUGCUGGGCAUUCAAAGGCUCUCAGGGUUAUCUGGUGAUCCGCUUGUCCCUGAGGAUCCUGCCUACAUCCUUCUGCAUGGAGCACAUCCCCAGGGCCAUGUCGCCGACCAGAAACAUCACCAGCGCCCCGCGCGACUUCACUGUUCUAGGUCUAGAUGACGAGUACCAGGAAGAAGGGAAGCUGCUGGGACACUACACGUACGAGGAAGACGGGGAGUCACUGCAAAGCUUUCCUGUUAUGGAGCAGAAUGACCGGGCCUUCCAGAUCAUCGAGGUGCGGGUGCUGUCUAACUGGGGUCAUCCAGAAUACACCUGCAUGUACCGCUUCCGAGUGCAUGGAGAACCUCGGCCUCAGUGAACCAACCACCACUCGCUCACAAAUAUCCCCCUAUCUGUACAUAGCUCUGACCAACAUCUGUAAAACGGACUCUACAGGUCUGAAUGACGGGAAGACGGUGAUGUUGUGGAUCGUUAAAGGAAUUUGCCUCGACUGAAUUGUGUUGUUUUGUAAGCGGGAAAGUCUGCACAGGGAGUGUAAAUGAUCUCAGAAGAGGAAUAGAACCACAGAAGAAGCUAAAACUCCCAAUGACCUCUUCAUCAAAAGGCCUCUAUUACUGAAUCAGCCUGUUGGGGGCGCCGUGCUCCACUGAGCGGACAAAUCCAUCCCCAUCUUGGCACCGUCCACUUCUACAGGGAGGUGGACAUUUGACAUGGGGGGGAAAACAGACUCAUCUCCGCUAUUUCUUUACACGUUGCAUCUUUUUGAGUUCCGUUUUUAAUCAUGAUGGUUUUAAUCAUUUGAUUUCCUGUAAGUUGAUUAUUUUCAGUAUCAAAGCCACUACAACGUUGAGCUCUGGCGACGUCCCAGAGUGUCACUCUCUUUGUUGCUAUCAAGUCUCUGCAAUGGAUUUGUUUGAGCUGUUUGGACAAGCUGCAGGACCGGACCACAGUCACAGUGGGUGAAUCGUGGAGCGGCGAGGUUCACUGCGUGCGAGGCUUGGCAUCAUGUGUCCACACAGCCAUAACUCUUGAAAGAGAACAUGCUGCCUAUGGACACGCUCAAUGUUUCUUCAAGGUUUGAAGGCUUGAUGUGAAUUCUUUUCACAGCGACUCUGCUCAACUGACCUGAGCUCUUCACUAUGUACAAUAGACAUAAUAUGUGGAUGGACUCCAGGAUUUAUUCUAGCAUGUGAUACUUCCCAAACCAUACUAACUUUUACAUGCAUCAUGGAUUUACAUGAGUGGGUCCUCUUUAGUUUUGGCUCCUGUUCCUGGAUCUCAAAUUACUAAAGAAUGAUGUUGAAGGCAACAUAAUGACUACCAGCUUUCAACUUGCUGUUGAACAAUAAUAAUAGAACUACUCCUGUAGACAAGAGUUUUCUUUUCUGUUUCUCUUAUGAGGGGACUCUGUCCUCUUGCUCAGUUAUAAACGUCCUCCUUACAUGGGCCCUCUGUUCUGAAACCGUGAAGGAAUGUAAUUUGUAUAUUUUGUUGAUAGUUGGUCCAUUAUAAUACCUACUUUUAUCAGUGUUGCUUUAUAAAAAAAGUUACCCUGUCAUUAUCAUAAUUAGUAUUGUAUUGCUACCAUUGUUUCUACUGUUAUUCAUUUUGGUGUUUUGCUUUUUUUUGGUAUGUUUUUUUGGGGGGGAGGGUGUUGAUGUUGGACGAUGCACUGCAACAACUGGUCAGAGAAAUGUUUGUCACAAGCUUUCACAAUUAGUUUUUAGAAACGGCAGGUGAGUAGUGAUUCCUUUUGCUUGCAUAUAUGGAGAAAAAUCUAUGUAUAAAAUUGUUUUGUUCACAAUCUAAUUUAUUAACAGGUCAAAUAGUAAAUGCGAGAAAUAAUUACUGCAAUGUAUAUUUUGUCUCAAGCUGUCAGUGCAUUUUGGAACCAUCUUGGGGCUUUUUUUUUAAAAGAUAAAUGGCUAUUUUUGUUCAGUCAUGAGAUGACAACGGCUUUGGAAUAUAUUCCAAUAAAGAUUUUAAUUUUGAAGAA